AUGGAUUGCACUCCAUAUCAGAAUGUUUGUUAUGGGACUCACAUGCUGGCAGUCGAGGCUGACGACUGGUGGCUAGAGACUCGUCAGAGGUUGAAGACUACUGGUGAGGUGGUUACUUGGGCUGUGUUUCGUAGGGAGUUCCUGGGGAAGUAUUUUCCUGAGGAUGUUCGUGGAACUGUCGAAUCUAUGAGGAGGACAACAAUGCUCAUUAUAAAGUUAUUAGUGAGAAGUGAGGUAAUAACCACCAGAACCGUGGCAAGCCUUAUGAUGCUCCAGCUGGCAAGGGUAAACAGAAAGCUGCACAAGGUCAGAGGAUUAGUGGGGGAGAUGCUAUGUUUCAAAUGUGGGAAACCUGGUCACAAAAGCAAUAUGUGUAAUGCUGAGGCACAGAGGUGUUUCCGUUGUGGGAAGACUGGACAUAUGGCUCUUGAUUGCAAGCAUAAGGAAGUUAUCUGUUUCAUUUGCGGUGAAGAGGGGCAUAUCAGUGCUCAGUGUCAGAAACCUAAGAAGGCACCAGGCAGUGGGAAGGUGUUCGCUUUAGUUGGGACUCAUACAGCUAGUGAGGACUGA